AUGGCCGCGCCCCGCCCCACCGUCCUCGUCACCGGCGCCGGCGGCCGCACAGGUACCCUUUCCCUCCUUCCUUCCCCGCCCGUUUCUCCGACCAAAACCCGACGAAUCCGCCUGCCACGACGGGCAAUUCCGGUCCUAACGCUCGUCGAGUCGAUCGCAGGCCAAAUCGUGUUCAGCAAGCUCAGGGAGAGAUCCGACCAGUUCGCGGCGAGGGGCCUGGUGAGGUCGGAGGAGAGCAAGCAGAAGAUCGGGGGAGCCGACGACGUCUACGUGGCCGACAUCAGGGAGGCGGAGCACCUCGCGCCCGCCGUGCAGGGCGCCGACGCGCUCGUCAUCCUCACCAGCGCCUCCCCCAAGAUGAAGCCGGGGUUCGACCCCACCAAGGGCGGCCGGCCCGAGUUCUACUACGAGGACGGAGCCUACCCUGAGCAGGUGGACUGGAUUGGGCAGAAGAAUCAGAUUGAUGCUGCAAAAGCAGCCGGUGUGAAGCACAUAGUGUUGGUGGGAUCCAUGGGGGGAACAAAUCCCAACCAUCCAUUGAACAGCCUUGGCAAUGGCAAUAUACUGGUCUGGAAGCGCAAGUCUGAACAGUAUCUGGCAGACAGUGGAGUUCCUUAUACAAUCAUAAGGCCUGGUGGUCUGCAAGACAAAGAUGGGGGAGUGAGGGAGCUGAUUGUCGGGAAGGAUGAUGAGCUUCUCCAGACUGACACUAAGGCGAUUCCUAGGGCUGAUGUGGCUGAAGUUUGUGUUCAGGCCCUGCAGUAUGAAGAGGUAAAGUUCAAGGCAUUCGAUUUGGCUUCGAAGCCUGAAGGUGAGGGCACCCCAACGAAAGAUUUCAAAGCGCUGUUCUCCAAGGUCACAGCCCGGUUUUGA